CGUCCGUCCGUUUUAAAUAUUAGCAUGCCGUUUCGCCGUUGGAUGACAAUCCCGCAUUCUCCGACGUCGAGAUUCCCAAAGAGGCGCUCUCCUUCUGCUGCUGCUGCUGCUUCUUCCUCCUCCGUCUCAAGUCCGUUUGUCACCUCCUCCUCCGCCGUUUCUGCUGCUACAAUGCUCCCCGAAUCCUCCACCACGCUCCUCCCCCGCGCCGCUCUCAUCUUAGCCUUCCUCGCCUUCUCCGGCUUCCUCCUUUACGCCUCCACCAAUUCCCUCUCCUUCCUCCGUCUAUCCUCCGCUUCCUUCUCUUCCUCCUCUUUUCUUAGCAAUUCCCCUUCCACCGUCGAUGACAGUGAAGCUGUGUCUUUGCCGAAGGAGCCAGCACAACUUGAAAGAAUCUUGAAGGAAGCUGCCAUGGACAAUACCACUGUGAUUUUAACAACUUUGAACCAAGCAUGGGCCGCUCCGAAUUCUGUCAUAGACCUUUUCCUAAAAAGUUUUAGGCUUGGUAAUGGCACUGAGAGACUCUUGAACCACUUAGUCAUCAUUGCCUUGGAUCAAAAGGCAUUUGAACGCUGUCUUGUUGUGCAUAGACAUUGCUUUGCUCUUGUGACUAAAGGAGUCGAUUUUCAUCAGGAAGCAUACUUUAUGACUCAAGCCUACUUGAAGAUGAUGUGGAGAAGGAUUGAAUUUCUGCUGUCCAUCCUCGAAAUGGGAUACGAUUUUGUUUUCACGGAUGCUGAUAUCAUGUGGUUCAGGGAUCCAUUUCCGCGUUUUUAUUUGGAUGCUGAUUUCCAGAUUGCAUGUGAUUAUUUUCUGGGCAACCCUGAUGAUCUGCAGAACAGCCCCAAUGGAGGAUUUAACUAUGUGAAGUCCAACAACCGGUCAAUAGAAUUUUACAAAUUUUGGUACUCUUCUCGUGAAACUUAUCCAGGGUAUCAUGAUCAGGAUGUACUUAAUUUUAUCAAGUUAGAUCCUUUCAUCUUGCAAAUUGGAAUUAAGAUAAAAUUUUUAGAUACUGCUUUCUUUGGUGGGCUUUGUGAAGCUAGCAAAGACUUGAAUUUAGUUUGUACAAUGCAUGUAAAUUGUUGUGCUGGCUUGGAUAACAAGCUUAAUGACCUAAGAGUUAUGCUUCAAGACUGGAGGGCUUUUAUUUCAUUACCACUAGAUUUGAAGAACAAAUCAUUUAUAUCAUGGAGGGUUCCCCAGAAAUGCAGCCUGGAAUCUCUCCAGCAUAACAAUUCCCUAGCCCCAGAGAAUGACUUUGAAGUUGAAACUCAACAUUGAAUGCAAUUGUACAUAUGUUUUAAGUUUCCUCCAUCGCAAACAAAAUAAGAUGGACUUUCUGUUAGGAGUAGGGUAAUGUUAACAGGUAGUGUCAAAUUCCAAGCAGGAUAGUUCGAUCCCAGUUGCAACUUUGAAGGUGUGCCAUAUUUUCCUAGAAUAAAGCAAGACAGAGAUUACAAGGUUGAGAAAUAGCCCAGAUGAGGCGGAACUUCCGAAGAGUCUUGUUUAUCUUGCAAGUGUGAAUGAACCCAAGGAAGGCCAAAUCUAAGAAAGGUCAAUGGAAUCCCAAAUAGUAUAAACCAAAAAGAAUCACAUGAUCUUUGGAUUUGGUUGUUCAGAUUGAAUGAAUUUGUUCCUUCUGAUUUAGAAAUUUUACUAGCUAGGCUCCUUUUUAAGCCUCCAAAGACUUUUCUCUUUCUUUUGCAUUUUUAACUAUUAUUUAAAAAAA